AUGCGACAACAGCUGUGGUCACCCUCUUCGUUUUUCUUCCCAUCGAUUACCUUGGCGUCCUCUUACGUGGAGAAUCCAGUCGUAUCAAACUCGUUAACUUUCAAAAUUACGCCUUCGUUCUUCCUUACAACAACUUCAGGUUCACGGCCUUCCCGCUGCGGAGCCGGAUUCUUCUUGUCGCACUAUGGGCACUUACAGCACGGCCGGCUCUCGCUCUCGCCGGCUGUAUCGUCCAGCAGCAGCUGCCCGCCUACACGUACCCCCCUGAAAGGUAUCCUCCGAUACGUUGGCUUUUCGAAACCGUUUGCUCCCUUGCCAACCGCCACCACGUGGCCAUCCCAGAUGUAG